AUUCAUUUAGGGGCGGGAAAAGAAAACAGUCAGAAGUUAUUCUGUCUUGGUUUCUGUGUUUGCCCGCGUUCAAUGAGUUGAGUUCAUUCAUAGCAGGACUCAAGAAUGGAGGAGACGUUGCAGCAAGAGAAACAAAAUUCGGAUUAUGAAAAUUCGAAUGAGGACCAAGGUGGAAUCCGUCGCCGAUUACGGGACAGGGACCUUCUGAAGAAGAGAAAAGCAGAAGCAGAAGAAAAGGAGACUAACCAGUGGGUUUGGGGGGUGGAGAGUCAAAGGAAAAGGCCGAGGGCUGAGAGUGGCACGAAGCGGAGAGGGAGGCCCAAGAAGAGUGAGCCCGCGCCGGAGAUCUGUGUCAAUCAGGAGGAGGCAGCAGUGCCUCAGGAAGCUCCUGCGGCGGUGGUGCCCGAACCUGCUGAGGUCGUCCCGUAUCAAACCCCAGAAUCUUUAUCCCCUGUGCUGGAUGGGGAAUCACGACCGUCAUCUGUCCCCGCUGUCCCCGCUGCCCCCGCACCUCGGCCACUGCUCGGAUCCAUCCAAAGCCCCGUCUUUGCUGCUUCUCCGACUCCUCCCGCUCCCGUUCUUCCGACUCCAGACCUUUUUUCACCCUCAGCUCCGGUUUCAUUUCCCGUCAAACUUGCAGAUUUCGCUCCAGUCUCUGUUCCAUAUUCAGCUCCAGAUGCAGUUCCAGUCCUGACUCAAGCCCCUGUUCCGACUGCAGCUCCUCCUCAGGAGGACACCCUCUUCACAGAGUCACAGAGCAGAAAGGUCCUUGACCAGGUCCUGAUUAAGGACUUGGGCCCAGGUGAUGAGGAGGACAUCUAUUCAUCUAAUGACCAAACAGCAAAUGAAGAUUUGAUUGGAACAUCGGCGAUCAACGUACCUGAACAAAACAAAAUGUUCUCAAUUCCAACCUUGUCCCCGACGCCGCCUCCACAAAAAUAUUUCCCGGGAAAUUUAUUCUAGUCCUUUUUAGAUACUGCCUCAGCUCAGAUCACAUCCCUUCUGAUCACAGUCUGUAGCACAGUAUUAUGUUGGUUAGUGUGCAGCAGGCUGGCUUAAAGGAACAAACAUACUAGCAUAUGCAUUGCUUAUUUGACAAAUGUAUCAAUUCAUAACCAACCUGUAUCCUUAUUUAUUCUGGUUUGUUUUUCACUCUGAAGGUGAUUACUUUUUCUUUUUUAAAUUCACAAAAUAGCAAAUCUUGCUUGCUUUUAUUUAGGAUUAUAUGGUACAAAUCAAUGAGAAUAAUGUAUUUGUAAUUAUGGAGUAUUUUGUAUAAAGUUGUUAUUCGCCUAAUAAAAGAGAGUGCUUAUCAUUUGUGGA